GAUUUUUCAUUGACCAAGCUUGUCGUAGAUGUUUCGAAACAUCAUCGUCAUCCUCCUCCUCUGUGGUCAUCUCUUCACCUGCCUUCACACCUGACGUUUCCCCGGCGUUAGCAUUUCAUAAAGAUUGUACAAUGCGUAUCAUUCUAGCUUUUUAUAUCUGUGCAGUAUUAUUUAUUUUAUCAAGUUUACUAUUUAUGCCGUUACGUUGGUUGGCUAGACAUGAUCCAUAUCGUGAAGUCUACUGUGGGGGGCUGCCAUCAUCUGUAUUCGUUGUAGGUGGGGAUUCAUGUCAUCCAGACGAUGGGGAUGAAUUAUUCUCAUUUUGUUCAUAUGGUUCAGGUCAACCGGAUGAAGUUUAUGAUCCACAAGAAACACAAACAACGCAUAUACUG